CUGCGAACGGUGGCCUCAAGAUGAAAGGAGCUGCCGUGUAUGUCACUUCUGCGAUUGCCUAUUUUCUCUCUCUCUGUCCCGCAGUCCUGCGACCGGCUCAGUCGAAUAUAUUCUUUCUAUGGAGGGAACUCGGUAAAUUUCCCCAAGUGAAGGGCACAGUGAUUUCCACGUUCCCCAGGUCCCGUUGACGAUGCCCUCGAGGAGGAGUAAGGGUGGCCUGCUGGCCAGGGUCAAUUUUCCCCUUUACACCAUCCAGAUGUUGACCAGCAGGCACGUCGUCGUCGGAGGUGGCGGGGGAUCCUCCAAAACGGGAGUCGCCAAUGGAUUUGAGAUAUUCGAAUUGUCACACGACGGAAGUCAGUUUGUUGCCGAAGAAGUUACGAGGCAUGAAACUGGACCCAGUGUGGUUAUGAAUUGUGCGUCACACAGCGACGGCAAAAGGACUUGGAUUGCCGCGGGACAGGAGAAUCACUGUCAACUGUACAGCGUUAAUACUAAGGUUGUUUCUGUGGAAAACGGGGAAUUACUAAGAGGGACGACUUCAAAUAGAGAUGGGGUUAGACAAAGGAGGAAGGAAGAAAGUUCAGAGACUAAAGAGAAUAUCGUGAACCGUGAGAGGACGGAAGACGUGAAGGAUAAUAAUUCCAAUGUCAAAUGCAAAAGAUUGCAGUUAAUUGUCAAGCCAGCUGACAGCAUACAAACUGACUUUGGAGAAGGAGAGUCUUUACAAAGGAUUGUUCGAGUGAGUUCGAACGGUUCGUUUAUGGCAACCGGAGGUACGGACGGUCAUAUAAGAUUGUGGAAAUUUCCACAACUCACGAAAGUUCACGAUAUUCAGGCACAUUCAAAAGAGAUCGACGAUAUGGAUUUCAGUCCACAAAAGAAUCUUCUUGUGAGUAUUGCCAAAGAUGGUAAAGCCUUUUUAUGGGGCAUAGCUUCAGGCAAGAAAGACAAAGAGCUCACGUGGAGCCCUCCGAAUGGUGCAAAAUAUAUGUACAAAAGGUGUCGCUUCCAACACUCCGAGGAUAAGUCGAAGACACAACUAUUUAUAUUAUCAAAUGCUACGGUUGCGAAGAAUCCCAGUUUCCUGCAGUUAUGGAGCACAGACACGGGAAGCAUUGUCAAAUCUGCGCCGUUCAAAGAAACUUUGUCUGCCUUAGCAGUUUCGGACAAUGGCAAGUUUGUGGCCGUUGGAACCAUGUUCUCAGGAAGUGUCGACAUCUUUGUGGCAUUCAGCUUGCAGAAAGCAUUCCAUGUAUCUGGUGCGCACAGUAUGUUUGUAACGGGUUUGGAGUUCCUUCCUACAAAACUGGAUGGACCAGCCAUCACCAGUAAUUCGGAAGCUGCCGUUGUCAGCAUCUCUGUUGACAACCGAAUCUGUAUACACAGUAUACCUUUUAGACACACAUUACCUUUCUGGCUGGUGGUUAUCCUGAUUGUUCUGAGUAUCUGCAUCGCCUUCAUCCUCUGCAGUUACCUCGGUAUAUGACCCCAGCAACCUGGUGUCGACUUAAAGACUCUGGCGUCUCUUAGCAUUUACCUCGCUUAGCGUCUCAUUAAAGAUGCAGUGAAGAUGAUUCCAGUCCUAUGGAGUCGAAAUAAGAUUGAAGAUUUAUCUUCCCCUUCUUUAUUCUUACUCUUAGAAGAUUCAUCUUCGAAGGACUUGAUAGAAAGCUCGACGCAUUCACGCGAUCGGCGCUUAUCUUAACAAAGGGAACGACAUUGAUGAGCUCGCGAUUCGCAUUUAUGUGGAGUCGAUCUCUCCAUCGACUUUUUAAAUUCCUGACAUUUGUAGCGCGACGCAGUAACAGUCGAAAGCCACUUGGAACGUGUUCCAGGAAGGCACAGCGAAAUGCAAAAUCAGGGCUAACAAUUACCAUUAGAGUGACACAAUUUCAAGGAAUAUUUAAUGGAGGCACAGGUGUACCUAUCGCGAAGUCGCUGACCGUGUACAUUUUAGAUAGAUUAUCUCAACACAAGGUUGUUCCAACCGUUAUCAGAACUCGACGAUGAAUGGACCUAAAACCGAACUUUUGUUUUUUUGUAUCGAACUCGAAUUGUUAAAUAUAAUUAGUUAGCCAAGUA